ACGCCUCCCUCACAGAUAUCCAACUCAAGCCUGACCCACGGACCACAAAAAUUGGACUCCUUACCUGGAUCAGCCAAGCCUUCUCCUUCAGCCCCAAAAGUGGUGCUGAAGGAGCUGUUUCAGGGUCAGCUGAAGCGGCCGCUGAUUCGCAGAGCAGCAGCCGGUGUGAAGGAGGCUCUACCCGCGGCUUGUUUUACCUCCGCGGGUACGGAGAGAAGGUCAUCAGGCGGAGGGGGGGCAGUCUCCAGGUGGAGAUCCGCUCAAAACCUGAACAGAAAGCCCGGCGUCAGGGGAUUCUGCUCCAAAGAAGACGGCCAGCAUGAAGCUGCCAAGGACACAGCAGAUAAGAGAAGGAAACCAGGUAUCCUGCCCAGCCUCGAGGAUCUGCUCUUCUACACCAUUGCAGAGGGUCAGGAAAAGAUCCCUGCACACAAAUUCACCACCGCUCUUAAAUCCACAGGGCUCCGAACAGGAGACCCACGACUGAAGGAGUGCAUGGAGAUGCUAAAGGUGACUCUGAAGACCACCUCAGAUGGUGCACUGGACCGACACCUCUUCAAAAAGUGUGUCCAGAGUAACAUCGUCCUGCUCACUCAGGCCUUCAGAAAGAAGUUUGUAAUUCCAGACUUCCAAACAUUCUGUGCCCACAUGGAUGAUCUAUAUGAGAAUGCCAAAAACCUUUCAGGAGGCCAGGUGGCAGACUACAUUCCCCAGCUGGCUCGGUUCAGCCCAGACCUGUGGGGCGCUGCUCUGUGUACUGUUGAUGGACAGAG